GGUCGCAGGGUGGGCGGGGCCCGGAAGCGGCGGCGGCGGCGGCGGCGGCGGUGGCGGAGCGGGGACUGUGGGGCCGGUCAUGGCUGCGAACCUGAGCCGGAAUGGGCCGGCGCUGCAGGAGGCCUACGUGCGAGUGGUCACCGAGAAGUCCCCGACUGACUGGGCUCUCUUCACCUACGAGGGUAACAGCAAUGACAUCCGUGUGGCCGGCACUGGAGAGGGGGGCCUGGAGGAGAUGGUGGAGGAGCUCAACAGCGGGAAGGUGAUGUACGGCUUCUGCAGGGUGAAGGACCCCAACUCCGGUCUGCCCAAGUUUGUCCUCAUCAACUGGACGGGCGAGGGUGUGAACGAUGUGCGGAAGGGAGCGUGCGCCAACCACGUCAGCACCAUGGCCAGCUUCCUGAAGGGGGCCCACGUGACCAUCAACGCGAGGGCCGAGGAGGAUGUGGAGCCUGAGUGCAUCAUGCAGAAGGUGGCCAGAGCCUCAGGUGCCAACUAUGCCUUCCACAAGGAGAGCGGCCGUUUCCAGGAUACGGGCCCUCAGGCCCCGGUGGGCUCUGUGUACCAGAAGACCAACGCCAUAUCUGAGAUCAAAAGAGUUGGCAAAGACAGCUUCUGGGCCAAAGCAGAGAAAGAGGAGGAGAACCGCAGGCUGGAGGAGAAGCGGCGGGUGGAAGAGGAGCGGCAGCGGCUGGAGCAGGAGCGUCGGGAGCGGGAGCUGCGCGAGGCCGCCCUCCGGGAGCAGCGCUAUCGGGAGGAGCAGGGCAGCGAGGCCGGGCCCCAGAGCAGGAAGAGUGAGCAGCAGGAAGUGGUUUCAAGGAGCCGAGAGGAGCAGGAACCGGUCAGCCAGCCAGCACACCCACGUGAGAUUUUCAGGCAGAAGGAGAGGGCCAUGUCCACCACAUCCAUCACAAGCCCCCAGCCAGGCAAGCUCAGGAGCCCUUUCCUGCAGAAACAGCUCACCCAGCCAGAGACCCUCCGCAGCCCGGAGCCCACUCAGGCCUCCUCGAGGCCCAGGGCAGAUGUCCACGAGGACCUGGCGCCUAGCCCUCCACAGUGUGCAGUGCAGGCAGAAGAGGAGGCUGUGUACGAGGAGCCUCCAGAGCAAGAGACCGUCUAUGAGGAGCCUCCGAUGGAACAGGUGCCACAGCAAGAUGCCGGCUCUGAGCACGUGGACCACUACCCGGGGCUGAGUGGCAAAGGGCUCUGUGCGCGGGCCCUGUACGACUACCAGGCAGCUGAUGACACGGAGAUCUCCUUCGACCCCGAGAAUCUCAUCACGGGCAUCGAGGUGAUCGACGAGGGCUGGUGGCGUGGCUAUGGUCCGGACGGCCACUUUGGCAUGUUUCCUGCCAACUACGUGGAGCUCAUCGAGUGAGGGUCCUCUGCUGCUGGCUGCGCCGAGGCCAUCCUACCUUUCCCCCCCACGCGUGCUUCUCUUACUGCCGGGGAUGUGACGUGCGUGCUGCGAGAGCCACACGGCACUCCUCUGGGCAUGGGACCCCCCUGCAAAGAAGACAAGCCCUUGGGAUCUCUCAGACUAGGGUGCUCAGCCUGUCACUCUAGAUGCAGCAAUACCCUGUGAUCCCCAAACGUGCUCUGGCUGCUGUGGGCCCUCCCAGACAGCCUGGCCUUUGACCCCCGCGGAGGACAGGAAGCCGUGGUGUGACCUCGCCGGGCGGUCUGAGCAGGGGCCUUUGCCUUGUGGUUCCUCUCCUCCUGGCCCUAAGGGAUGGUGGCUUUGGCUGGUAGCAAUCUUCGGGAACAGUGA